AUGCGCAAUAGACUUCACCAAAUAGCUGAUAUCUUCUACCAGCCCUUCUCAAGUGGGGCACUCUCGCUCCUGCCUCGCCGCGGAGAAGGCGCGAGGGCAAAGAGCAAGAGGGCAGACCGCAUACCAGACGAGUAUGUUUUGGAUCGUCCCUUAGCUACCUAUCAAUCCACAGCCGAUCCAUCCAUUCGCGUCCGCGUGCCCAAGAAGGUCCUCACGCCCGUCAAGGUGGAAGCCAAGGUCUGGUUCGCAAACGAGCGGACCUUCAUCUCGUACCUCUCCAUGGGUUUGCUGCUGUCCACCAUUGCCUCCGGGUUGCUCUUUGGAGCCAGGGAUUCAUCGGCGAGAUACUUUGCACUGGCCUACGCCGGAAUCUCUGCGGCCAUCAUGAUUUACGGCUGGGCUAUCUUUCAAAAGCGAUUGACCAUGAUCUCGGCAAGAGAUCCAGGCUCUUUUGACACCCUCGUUGGCCCACUCCUCAUCUGCGCGGCGCUCUUCAUUGCCAUCCUCGCCAACUUCAUCCUGCGAGUUCAAGAAUCUAAGAACCAUUUGGGCGUCAAUCCAAUGUCCUUGCGGUAUGCGUGGGACCAUGCCAGUUUGAAGCGACUUGGGAAUUCAUAA